AUGGCGAAGGAUGGUGUGCGAAAAUGUGAAAAGAAAAUCAGCACCGUUAUCACUCCAGAUACAUGGAAAAAUGAUACAUGGAGCACCACAGAAAGUGGUGGAAGGAAGCUGAAUGAAAACAAAGCAUUGACUUUGAGAAAAGCAAGGUUUGAUCCAUAUGGAAAGAAUAAGUUCUCCACUUGCAGGAUCCGUAAAAGUUCUGUACACCAGCCCGGUUCUCAUUACUGUCAAGGCUGUGCUCACAAAAAAGGCAUCUGUGCCAUGUGUGGCAAAAAGGUUCUGGACACCAAAAACUACAAACAGACCUCUGUCUAGUUGCUCUCGUGAACCCUC